AUGCCUCUAUUGCAACAGAACCCUCCGAUUCAGCCACCUCAUUACAGUCGUGCAUCCCAAAAGUUAAAGAGUUUGUUGAGUUCAUAUGGGGACAACAACAAUACAACGGCAGCAGCAGCAGCAAAAGAAAUAAAUGGACCAGUUCCAAUUAACAUGAUUGAAAAAUCAGUGGUCCAUCCUCCAAGGACCAUCUACACAAAGGCUAAUUUUUCUAUUCCUGGACACUAUGAAGUUUUACAGAUGUUGGGUAAAGGUUCAUAUGGCACCGUAGUAUCUGCCAUUGAUAACUUUAAUCCAAACUAUCCAAUACGUAUUGCCAUCAAAAAAAUUACCAACAUAUUCCAAAGAGAGGUGCUAUUGAAACGCGCUAUCAGAGAGUUGAAAUUUAUGCACUAUUUCAAGGGACAUAAAAAUAUCGUGUCCCUAAUUAAUCUUGAAAUUGUUAACGAAAAGCCGUACGACGGGUUAUAUUGUUACCAAGAGUUAAUAGAUUAUGACUUGGCUCGUGUCAUUCAUUCUAAUGUCCAAUUUUCAGAAUUCCAUAUCAAGCAUUUCACUUACCAAAUUUUAUGUGGUGUGAAAUACAUUCACAGCGCGGAUGUCAUACACCGUGACCUCAAACCUGGUAAUAUAUUGUGUAGUAUUUCUGGACAGUUGAAGAUCUGCGAUUUUGGUUUGGCAAGAGGAAUAUCACCAUUGUUUACAAACACAAAAACAUCUAACCACAUCACAAAUUAUGUUGCAACUCGUUGGUAUAGAGCUCCUGAAUUAAUCUUAUCGCAUAAAAGAUAUAACAAAUCCAUCGAUAUGUGGGCCAUUGGAUGUAUUCUCGCUGAAUUUUACGGAAGAAAACCGAUUUUUAUGGGCCAGGAUUCCAUGCAUCAGAUCUCCGAGAUUGUUAAAGUUCUAGGAACCCCAUCGAGAGACACCAUAAUAAAAUAUGGCUCAUCCAGAGCAUACGAUAUAUUCUGCCCCCCAAAACCUCAAUAUGCUAAGAUCCCAUGGAUAGAAAUCUAUUCAUUUGCAAGUGGGGAAGCAUUAGAUUUGAUUGAACGACUACUCGAUUGGGACCCUGACAGAAGAUUGACAGUUGAGGAAUCCAUCGAACAUGAUUUUGUUAAAACGGUUAGGGAUAAAAAUGACGAACCUUUAUGCCCACAUGGACCCUUUAACUUCUCCUAUGAAGCCGAGUUCAAGUCUAUGUCCAACUUGAGAGAAGUACUAUAUGCAGAGGUAAAGCAAUUCCAAGAAGAAUGCGCAACAAAGGAUAUUGUUCCGUCUCUUCCAGUUCCCCAACAAAUCUAUCCAAUUUAA